AGUCAAGUGUUUUUAUAGUGAAGCGUUUUUGUAGGGUAACGUUUUUAUAGAUACACCAUUUGGACAAUGACUGAAGUGUUAAAUAGGCGUGAAUCUAUCUCCCCUUUUAUAUUUCGCGAACACUCCCUUUAAAAAGUUUGUUCCAGGCCAUCCAUUUGAUACCUUGAAGGUACGACAACAGGCUUUGGGAUAUUCAAGCAUUAUACAAACAAUUUUGGACUGCCUGAAACAGGAUGGUUUUCGAACUUUGUUCCGUGGUUUAUCUUAUCCUUUAAUAUCUGCAGGAGGCAUCAACUCUAUUUUCUUUGGAGUAUAUGGGAGUACAUUAAACCUACUGGAACCUGAUACAGGAAGACGACCUACCUACUCUUCAAUAUUUAUGGCAGGAUGUAUAGCGGGGGCAGGUCAGCUUGUUGUAGCGUGUCCUGUAGAACUUGUCAAGGUCAGGCUGCAGGUAGCUCCAGGUAGCCUAUACAAAGGUCCACUGGAUUGUUUAACUAAAAUAUAUAAAGCUGAAGGAAUCAAGGGUUGCUAUAGAGGUCUCAUCCCACAGGGAUUCAGGGACAUAAAAGCUUCCGGUUUAUACUUCCUAAUCUAUUACUGGACCCUGGACACAAUUGGAGACUUUAGAAAUAAACAAAGUUUGCAGUACAUAACAAUUCAGCAGGAAAAGAAUACGAAGAAGUUUGAGCAUGGACCUUUAGAAAUGUUUUGUGCUGGUGGUUUAGCAGGACUUGUAUCCUGGCAAGCAAUCAUAUACUUGGAUAUAAUCAUGCUUAGGACUUGUAUCCUGUCAAACAAUCAUAUACUUGGAUAAAAUCAUGUUUAGGACUUGUAUCCUGUCAAACAAUCAUAUACUUGGAUAUAAUCAUGUUUAGGACUUGUAUCCUGUCAAGCAAUCAUAUACUUGGAUAUAAUCAUGUUUAGGACUUGUAUCCUGUCAAGCAAUCAUAAACUUGGAUAUAAUCAUGCUUAGGACUUGUAUCCUUUCAAACAAUC